AUGGAUUUCUGGAACGACACGGAUAACUUGAGCCUGGAACUGCAGGCAAUGUUCGAAUUUUGGGGCGAUAGUCGGGCGUCCCUCUACGUCAGCAUCCCGAUGACUAUCAUUUACGUGUCCAUAUGUUUCACGGGUCUCGCGGGGAACGUGAUCACGUGUGUGGUGAUCGUCCGGAAUCGUCACAUGCAGACUGCGACUAAUUUCUAUCUCUUCAGUCUGGCCAUCUCGGACCUCCUUUUCCUCCUCUGUGGCCUCCCCGAGGAACUCUAUAAGACGUGGUACCGCUACCCCUACGUGUUCGGUGCAGUGUUUUGCCGCGUGAGGGGGUUCGCAGCCGAGGCAACCACGUGCGCCAGCAUCCUCACCAUCACGGCGUUCACGGUGGAGCGAUACGUUGCCAUCUGUCACCCACUCAAGUCCCACACUAUGUCCAAAUUGUCGCGGGUCGCCAAGUUGAUCGUCGGGAUUUGGUUCUUGGCCACGAUCUGCGCCGUGCCACAGAUCAUUCCCAUCGGACUCGUCCAUGCCAAAUUGAGUAAUGGCACCUUGAUCGAAGAGCUUUCCGCUUGCUCCAUUCUCCCCGAAUGGGCCCUCUAUUCCCGCUACUCGUUUCAAAUGUCUACCUUCAUAUUUUUUGUCCUUCCCAUGGGGAUCAUCUCGGCUCUCUACGUGCUCAUUGCCGCCACACUUCGUCAAUCCGCCUUCAACUCCUCGGAUGGGACUUCGGAGGCUUCCGACAAAAAGGAUUAUGUUCACAAUUCCAGGAAAACCGUCAUCAAAAUGCUCGGUGAGUCUCCUCAUGAUACAAUGGAGAUUGCAGUCCUGCGGCGACGUACAUAUUGA